AUGUCACUUCGGCUACGAAUGUCCAUCUACGCCGUUGCUUCUUUGUACACAUCGUCUCAUCAGCAAGGCUACCCUUUGUCUCCUGAUGACUUCGUUACGAGGGCUACACAUCGUGCAAAUGCUGCCAACUUGACCAUGGACGAGCUGAAAGCAUCCAUUCUGCUCUGUCUAUACAAACUUGCCAAGGCAACCACGUGGGAGGCCGUGGCCGAUAUGGGACGACUCACCCGAAUGGCAGAACUCUAUUACAGAAUCAUUGCGGCUAAUGACCAGAAUGCGGGAGGCUCACGGAGCAAACUUGAGUCCGAAGAGCUACGGACUGUGUGGUGGUGUAUCUAUUCACUGGACACAUUUUUCAGCGCAAUGGCGAUAAUUUCUCACGCUGUAACGGACCCUGCGCGGGGAAACAUGACACUACCCAAUGCGCCGGUGCCUGAUCUUUCCAACCCUGUCAGCCCAAAGCGAAGAAAUCUCGAACAUGUUGGAGAGCCAGAAUUAUCGCUUACAAAGGAUCUCAAGCUCUGGGAGACGAUGACCAUGUUGUUCUCCAGAUCGUCAUGCCGGGGCAGGAGCCUACACAUCGGUGCCUGCGCAUUCAUGAGAUCUGUCACGGAUUUGAGACUCUCCGUCAAACACGGUUGCGGGACAGCCUGGAAAGCUCGGUUCCGUGAAUUAGAAAGUGAUUUUUGCGCAGCCACGCUUUCAUUGCCUGUCUGGGUCUUCAAUCCGAGCCGCGAUUUCAGCAACGGAGAGACAGAAAGAGAACACCGGGACAGACUGGAGACAUUGUUUGUCUGGCAAUGUGCCUGCCUAUUACAUGCUGGAUUAGCUAUACAAUUGGAUGACACCGACGCAACGUCAACCGAGUCGAUAAUACACGGGCGAUGGCAAAAUGUCAUCGCUCGAGCAAAUGAGGUGCUCCACGUCGCGCAGAACUGGAAGCCAGACUACUUCGAGGCUAUCGAUGCGAAGAGCGCAUACAUCAUCUUUGUCACCGGAAUUAUCUUUACCCUAGACCAUGGUAUACGGGCAGCUGACACGUCCAAUAUUACUCCGUCGUCCCAUCACAUCGACCUGAUACUACUCUUCUUGGGUCAAAUUGGCCGCUAUUGGCCCCUGGGUAUGUACUUCAUCCACAAUGUUUUCAGGAGUGUGUGGCAUCUUGGGGAAGCAUACGCUGACUUCCAAGCAAGCGAACCGCCUAGCAGAUGUACUUAG